AUGGCUCGGGAGAACGGAGACACCAGCGGGGGGGAGACGUGGAAGAAGCAGGUCGACGACAUCAAGAAGAUGUUUGAUUUGAAGGAAGUCCUCGGGACAGGGGCCUUUUCCGAGGUGGUCCUGGCCCAGGAGAAGCUGACGGGUCGGAUGUUUGCGGUGAAGUGCAUCCCAAAAAAGGCUCUGAAGGGGAAAGAGAGCAGCAUCGAGAACGAGAUCGCCGUGCUGAGAAAGAUCAAGCAUGAAAAUAUCGUGGCGCUGGAGGACAUCUACGAGAGUCCGGAUCACCUUUAUCUUAUUAUGCAACUGGUGUCCGGCGGCGAACUUUUUGACAGAAUCGUGGAAAAAGGUUUCUACACUGAGAAAGACGCCAGCACGCUCAUCCGACAAGUUCUGGAUGCUGUCAACUAUCUGCACAACAUGGGCAUCGUGCACCGAGACCUAAAGCCGGAGAACCUGCUGUAUUUUAAUCCCCAAGGUGGUUCAAAGAUCAUGAUAAGCGACUUUGGUCUUUCCAAGAUGGAGGGUAGCGGCAACGUCAUGUCUACUGCCUGUGGCACGCCGGGAUACGUCGCACCAGAGGUUCUUGCCCAGAAGCCAUACAGCAAAGCAGUGGACUGCUGGUCCAUUGGAGUCAUCUCAUAUAUUCUGUUGUGCGGGUACCCCCCCUUUUACGACGAGAACGACUCCAAGCUGUUCGAACAGAUCCUCAAAGCCGAUUACGAGUUUGACGCACCGUACUGGGACGACAUAUCCGACUCCGCCAAGGAUUUCAUUAGCAACCUAAUGGAAAAAGAUCCAGCCAAGCGCUUCACCUGUGAGCAAGCUCUGCGACACCCCUGGAUCGCCGGGGACACGGCGCUCUGCAAGAACAUCCACGAGUCCGUCAGCCGGCAAAUUAGGAAGAACUUCGCCAAGAGCAAAUGGAGGCAAGCAUUCAACGCCACUGUGGUGGUUCGCCAUAUGAGGCGGCUGCAGCUAGGAAGUAGUGCAGGGAGCAGCGCCAAUACGUCCAACCCCGCCGCCAGGCCGAGUCAGAAGCCGGCGCAAGGGCAGAGCCGGGCCGAGCAAAGCCGGACGGUGCCCGGCCAAGGUGCCGGCACGGCCGCUAGCCAGACUUCAACCUUAGAAAACUUGGCAGCGACACAUAAGGAAUGUGUCUCCACACCGGCCACCCCCUGCAGCCUGGCCUCGGCGGCCGUCUCCCCUUCAACGGGCACUGAGCUGAGCCGACCGCGCACCUCGGCGGUGCCCGCCCCGGUGCUCACGGAGACCAAGUGA